AUGCAGGUGGGAUCACAGAGAGGCCUCUACAUGAGUGAUGGCAUCAAGACCAUCGACUACGUACUAACGUCUCCACAAGAGGACCAGGACGAAGGAAACACCAGUCGACGGAGGGUGUUUGAAGACAACCUGUUGGCGGAGGGCCUCAUCCUAGAGAGAGACCAAGUGGAUGGUGUCCCACACAGGUUCGUGAAGGUUCACGCACCGUACGAGGUGUGUGCAAGGUACGCUGAAAUACUCCACCUCCGCCUGCCCAUCAAGAAGGAAGUGAGAUUUGAUGUAUCUGCGUCCUCAUGCACAUAUAAAAAUAUUUUCCGACCCAUCCAGUCAGACAGGAACGUCAUAAACCAAGACAGUAGAGUCCCCACUGCUGUCUACUCUAACAGCAACAAAUAUCUGUAA